CAACAAAUCCCUAUGUUGGAGGAACACCGCGAAAAACGGUGAGCGAAAACAACAACGUGAGGAUUGGAUUGGGGCUUAUUUUUGUAUAUUUCUAAGCUAAAUAAAUAGAAUCUUCUGGUGCAUUUUGUAAGACAUUAAUACGACAUUUAUGUGGAACGGAUUGCGUGCGUAAAAAAGUGAAUUUGUUUUGAAAAUGGAGUGGUAUGACCUUGAAGUCGAUGGCCGGCAAACAGUCAAAUUUGCAGACCUCCAAUUGCCGUUAUUGAGUCCCACUGCUGCAGCAUCGUCAUCAUCGAACUCACCAAAGUCUCCCAGUGAUGAUGAUCAGUUUGUGGAUAAAAAACUUGGUGGCAUAAUACGCCAUGGAGAGUGGGCUUGGUUGGCCAAAAAUUCCAUGCUACAGAUCGUCUCGGUGCGCAGCGGUCAAACUAUUAGCACCUAUGAAUUUUGUGAAUCGCGCGGCUAUGACAGCUGUUGCAUCAAAUGUGUCGAAGAACUGUUUCCCAACAAUCCUGAAAUCAUGGUGUUGGCUGUGAUUUUGGAAAAUUUCCAUGGUCCCAGUGGUGGCGGCAGUUUUGUGGUGUUGUAUUCCAUUGAACUGAGCUGCGUGUUGUGCACAUACGAAUUAAGUUUACACAUAACCUGUGCCCGUUUCCUGAACUCAUCAACAUGUAAACGAACACUGCUACAAAAUUUCGACGGUUGCCUGUCAGUGGGCAGUGAAGAGGGUGUUGUUGUCCUGUUGGAUUUAAAUAUGGGCAAAAUGUGCCAAAUACAAUCGGAGGCAGCCGAGUCAACAUUUACACCCUGUCAUAUUGUGGACUAUAGCAUACCCUUGAAAGAUAUUCAUCGGAAUUUUCGCCAAUGUAAGCAGGAUGGCAUUACAUUUGGUUUGCAAAUGGAAGUCAUUGAAAGUCCCUGUUCCAUACAAUGCAUACAAUCCAUCGAUUUAAUUAUGGGUCUUGCCAUUGGCCUCGAAGAUGGUCGAUUGGCCCUCUACGAUUUGGCUGAAAUGCAAAUAUUUUAUAUAGCAAGACCCAAGCCGGAAAUUGCAAUGUCGCCGUUGGUUAAAAUUGAUUAUUUAGAACCACCAGAUGAUCCCCGACCAUGUCUGUACAUAUGGACACUGCAUGAGAAUGGAGAAAAUCUCUAUGCCAUGUUGCAUAGUUUAAUGUACGAGAAACGGAUUGCAGUGGAAGAGGAGGAGAAUGGAAGGGGGGAUGUAACUGAAAAUGGGCAAUAUUAUUUUGAGUCAUUUCUCACCAGCACUGUACGCUUAGAACUGCCUCUGGAGGCAACCAAAAGUGAGGCCUUAGCAUGCCAGGCCAUUUCCACACACUCCAGCCACAGCGAAGAGGAUGCCAAUUGCCUGUGUGCCAUAUCAUGGUAUUCCGUGUUGGAAGGCAAAAAUAAGCUGUUGAUUUUCGAUUUGAAUCAAUGGUACAAAGAAGAAAUGCCUGCCGCCCUAAUGUAUGGGCAACAGCCAAGUUAUUUGGCAGGUUAUAUUCUCAAUGGUGAAUGUAAUGGUUUGAAUACAUAUCUCCAGCCAGGUUCGAUAACACAUUUUAAUUCAAUGCAACGUUUCGAGGAGCAUUUCUAUCCGAAUUCUUUGAGUUUUGAUUGUUCUCUGUUGCAUACCGAGGGAUGCAGACGUUACAACUGGGAGGGAGCCCAAAAUCGCUUGAUCAAUUUAUUGAGAGUCAGUAAUGCUUCCAUAUUUUUGGAACCAAAUAAUUGCUUCAAUGAAAUCUUGAGGACACGUUUAAUGCCGCAAUUUAUGGAAUUGAAUUUAAAUUCAACAUUUUCCAAGCAAGCCAAAUAUGAGGUUAUGUUAUCCGCUGCCCUGGAAAAUAACUGCAUUAGUCUGCUGCGUGACUGUGCCAAAUCCUGGAUUGAUGGUAGCUUUAUGGGUGAUUUUGCUGUUGCCACAGGCUUAUCAUUGUCUACCCUUACCGAUUGGAUAUGGCAGCGGGCAAAUGCCAUAAAAUUAAGAUCGAAUGAUUUGUGUAAAGGACUAUUCGAAUUUGGUGGUUAUCCACUGGAUCAAAGGGAGCAAAAGGAGCUGUGUUUCAUAACACGACAGCUAAAACUGCUUAUGGAUCUUUUGGGAGAAAUUCUAAAAAUUGGACGUAAACAAAUACCAGAAAGAGUUUAUUCUAGUCUAGAGAAUAAUUACAAUUCUUUGCGUAUGGCAUCUAAUUAUCAAGAUCUGCUCUUAUGGCUUUUAAAUAUUGGUCUCUUGCCGGAAGCCUCACCAUUUAAUAGUCAAGUAAAUUCACAAUACGAAUUGGUACCCUAUCCCUAUAGGGAACUGAAGGAGUUCUAUAGUAAGAAAAGAUUAUAUUUUCGUAAACUUAACGAACAAUAUAUUUCCAAGAAAUCGGGUAGUUGUCGCCUCUUGUAUAUUGAUGCGUUCAUAGAACAUACAUGCAAGAGUAAGAUAUUACAUGAAUAUUGGUUGGAAAAUGAUGGAGAUGGCCUAUAUCCACCAAAUUCCUUGGAAGCCAUGCUGCGCGUUAUGCUUGUGCCCGAAUUGGAUUAUGAACAGAAAUAUGCAAUAUUAUUGUAUUUCUUUUUGGACCUAAACAUGGCCAUUGAUGAGGAGGCCUAUAAGAAUGUGGUGGCGAAUUUUAUUAAAUUUCCAAGUGUAUUUAAGCUAUCGGCGGCAUUGAUCAAAACGGUACAGUCCUUUUGGAAUCUAGAUCAUGAUCAGUUUUUGCCUGCCGUGGAAGAGUUCAUAUCGCCGUUCAACAAAAACCAAUCCUAUCCCCAAUGGCUGGUGGAGUUGCUAAUAGAGUCACUGUUAACCCAAAAUGCUGCCAACUUGGCCUUGCGUAUUUUGGAAUCCCAGCCUUCCCUGAUUGCUCCCAUGCUUAAACUGAAGACAUUGCUAUGCAAUGAUUUAAUAUCCGAGGCCUUUCAUUUUGUACGUUCCAAAAAUGAUAAUGCCCUAAUGGAAUAUUUUUUCACCCGCUGCUUGAGUCAAGGGCAGUUUGGUGUUAUACGCGAUUUGGCCCUUAGCGAACAGGAGGGUUUAAUUUUACAAAACAUUUUGAAACGUAGCAAAGCUCCAGGAGCGGAAAGCCUACAUUUUGUGUAUCUAUUGCAAAAAUCCAAAUACAUUGAGGCCGUAUCUUACAUGGAUGAAUUGUCCUCCAAACCCAAGACACUGAGAGGCAAUCUACCGCCAGCCCAAAUGGAAACCCCAAACAUGGUAUUAUCUGCUUUCAAUACCACCAUGACACCCGUGACCCAGGGUCUAACGGAUGUUUAUUUUCGCAUUAAAAAUAAAAUCAAGAAAAAAGAUGUGGACAACAAGUCGCCAGUGCCGUUGAGCUGUCAACUGAUCAAGCAAAAUGCCAACAGCCUAUUGGGUGGAAUAUAUCACAGUUCGGCCUUGAGUGCCCAUUUUGCCACCUACUACUGGGGCGAAAUGGAUGAGGAGAGACAUCAAAAUGGUGCCAAACACCUGCUCAGUUCAAAUAAUGCCCCCUUUCUGCGGAAGCCACAGAAUGAUACAAAUUUUGUUGAUUUCCUAAACAAACCCGCCAUAUCAUAUCCCCAAGUCUACAAAGUGCGAGAGAAACGUAAUUUAAUUGAAAGUGAAAUCCUGGCCAGCGAUGAACAGGAACAAAUGGAAAGGCAGAAAAUGGAAAAUCAACUAAAUCCCAAAAAGAAACGACGUCUGGUGGGCCAGGAUAUUGUCAACGAUUUGAAACAAUUCAUGGAAAUGAAUAAACAAAAGGCCAUAAAAUUAAAUGCCAAUGAUUUUAGGUUCCAUGAAAAGACAAGCACUUCAGAAAAAGAGGAGGAGGAGGAGGAGCUAUCCCGACAGGAGCCACAAAAUUUGGAUAUAUUAACCAAACCAUUGUUAGGCCAUAAAUCUGGCAGUUUGGCGCCCCGAGAAAGUGAGGAAGCCCAACCACACCACGAGUUACAAAGCAUUUUGAAAUCCAGCAACAGUGAAUUUGGUUUGACCUCUUCCUCCGCCUCCCAACCAGAUGAGGAAAAGAAUUUACGUUUCCGUUUGCCCUCAAGGGAUUUGAAUAAUUCCAUCAUUUCCCAGCACGGGGGAAUGGUCGGCGAGGAGAAGGAAGACGACGAUCAAGAGGAAAUGGAAUGUGAAGAUCAACAGGAGGAACUGGAAUUAGUUGUUAAGGCAAACAAACCCUCCUUUAAGAAUUCUGAUUUAAGGAAGAAACAAAUUGUCCGUUCCUUGUCGGUGGAAUCUAAUAAAAGUUCUGUUAGCUCCAGUAAUCCAUCCGAGGAUAAUUUCUAUUCGCCUUUAUCUUCGCAAAACACUUCAAAAUUGGAUUCUUCAACUUUGAGUAGAUGUAGUUUUGUGACCGGACCCAAGCCAAGGAGACCAAUAUCAAGGCUGUCGGGAGAAAUUGAAGGGGAGCAGAGAAAAUCCAUGGAAAAAGAAACGCAGGGAAAUAGAAAAUCUAUGGAAAAGGAAGUUCCAAGAAAUAGAGAUUCCCUAGAAAAAGAACUGCAAGAAAAUGGGACUAAGUCCGUGGAAAAAGAACUUGGAGGAUAUAAGAUGUCUCAAGAAGAGAGGAAGUUUCCUCAAGAAGAGAGGAAAUCAAAAGAAAAAGAAAUCUCACGAAAUUGGACGACAACAAAGCCUAGCGAAAUCCACGAAUCAAUGACAGGAAAUGAAGAAGUUGAGAAAGAAGUCCAAAUGCAAGCCGAUGAAAGUUGUGUGGCUAACAAAGAUGAGACCCUUUCCGAACACUAUGUGACAGCGGCUGGACCAAGUAUUUUCAAUAUUUCAUCGCGCAAAUCGUUGGCAAGUGUUGCCGCCAAUCAAAAGGUCGAAGAAUCCCAGGCCUAUACCACAGCCAUGGCGAAUGUUGAGGGUGGUAGUAAUUUCCGUUUUUCACAAACUUCCAGCGGGUUUGGAAGUCUGUCGGCUCGUAGUACUCUUGCCUCUGCUGGCAGUAGUUUUAUACCCAAAGUUUCUUCCUCCAAAGUGGGUAAUUUCUCGACACCAUUUAAGACGGAAACUAAAUUGGAAAUUAAAGCCACAAAACUUUCCGAAUGCUCUACCGUGGUGGGAUCAUUUGAUUACACCAGCUCAGUGGCCGGAGGCUCUAAUAAUAUUUUUGCCAUGCCUAGUAUACCGCCGCCGGUGGAGAAGGCCAAAGACAGGGCACCCACAGAAGAACAGAAACAACAAAUGCUCGAUACCACAUUGGGUAUGAGUACCUAUGAUUUUUCUGUCUUGGAUACCACGGCUUCGGGGAAAUCUUCAUUAAUGUUUACGGCCAGAGAUGAAGUUAGCUCGAAGGAAGAGACAAGGGAGGACAAGGAAGGAGAUUUGUCAUCAAAAGAUCAAAAGGAAAUUGAGCAAAAGGAAGAAGAAAAGCAAGAAGUUUCCGAAGAAAAAGAAAAACAAGGAGGGGAGGAAAUGAAGGUGAAAGAAAAAUCCCUGGAAAAGGAAGAUGUGGGGGGUAAAAAAGAUUCUCCUUCCAAGCAGAAUGAUAUUGAACAAAUGGAAGGAAUUUCCAAGGAAAAAGAAAUCAAAGAAUCUUCCAAAGAAAAGGAAAAAGAAGAAGAGGAGGAACAAAUGGAUGUCACUGAUGAAGAGUCAGAGGCAAACAAAGAAGUCCAAUAUAUUCUCAAACCAGCCGACAUAAGUGAUGAACACGAAGAUGAUUCGGAAGCCAAACGGGAUUGGGGUGAUCUACUCUGUAGUUCCGAUGAAGAUGACUGCAUUGUUCUGUCCUCCUCCUCAUCCUAUAUUGAUGACAACGAUUACGGCCGACCCUUUGAGGUUCGAGAAACCGAUGGUGAGGAAUCACCCAACAAAUCUGCCGAACGUGCCGAUAUCGAUAGUGAACGAAGUUUUGACACAGGUGAAUAUGAUGAUUAUGCGGAAGAUGCCAACGGUGAUAGUGAGGACGAUGCAUAUGAGGAUGAAAUUGAAUCACAGGAUGAUAAACGUGAAUAUGAUGAAGAUAUUGUCGAGGUUUUGGAUGAUUCUUCGACGGAUACGGAACGUAAAAGUGCUAACUUCCCCGAAGAGAGUAACAGUGAGGAUGUUAAAUUUGUGGAUGAGGUACAAGGCUCUAAUGAGGUUAGCAAAUUGGGAUUGAAGGGUACAGAAGAAGGGGAUAAAGAAACCAAGGAAGAGGUUGUGAGCACAUCUUCGGGGGUAAUUGUGGAACCAGAAGCUCCAAGUUCUAGCUCCAAAGCUGUGGAGGAAAAGUUUCACGAAGAAACACUAGAGGUUAGUAGUUCUACAAAGGAGACCAGGGAAGAAGAAGCAACUGCUGAGGAAGACAAAGAAAAAGAAACCGAUAUGGAGAAGCCCACAGAAACUGAGGAGGAAACUAGACGGGAAGAAAUAUCUAAACCGGAAGAAGAAGCGAGCUUAGAGAAAGAAGUAGCAAAAGAGAACGAAUCUAAAACGGAAAGCUCAGUAAACGAACUCGAGAAGCCCUCCUCUAAGGAAGGAGAAACUGAAACUACUCAAAAUGAUGAAAGUGGAGCAUCUAAAAGUCCAAAGAAACCGGAAGAAAUACAGGAAAUGGACACCCAUGAAUCAUCCCCCCAUCAUGAAGAGGAAACCUCCAAAACUGUCGAUUCUUUGUCCAAGGAAGAAACAUCAGCUCCCACAAUGGUUGAAGAAGAACAAAUAACCCUGCGCAUCGAUGAUGAGGACUCCAUGAACGCUGCUGAAGCUGCCGAAGUUAGGCUACGUAAAAAACUACAAGAAGAAGAAGAAGAGGUCAACGAUUCUUUGACCGAACUUCCGAUUAGAAAUAAACGGACACGAAGAACAUCGGUUUCCACAAAUCUCGAUAACUCGACAGUGGCCUCUCCACGACGAACCACAAGAGGUAGUUCAGUGCCACCAAUUGAAUUGCAAGCCGGCAUGACGGCUUCUCCCAGACGUACUGCUAGGGGUACCUCAGUACCUCCUGGAGAAGAAUCGAAGACCACAACGACAUCUCGACGCAGUAUCAGGGCAACAACGAUAACAUCAGAUGCAACUGAGGAGGAGGAGGAGGUCAUAUCCCGUGGAGAAGAAGUGCAAAAACCCACAACAUCUAGGCGUAAUGUCAGAGCCACCUCCGUAACACCAGCCGAAAGUGAAGGGGCGACGAAAGAAGAGCCAAAAAACACCAAAUCUCGUCGUAGUAUCAGGGCAACCUCCGUGACGCCGGCUGAGGUUACCACUCAACCACAACAUGAAAUAAAAUCCUCCAGACGUAGUAUAAGAGGUACCUCGGUACCACCCGCAGAAAUAACGGCCGAAGCUGUGGCAUCACCACGUCCUAGAGGUACCAGAGGCACAUCAGUACCUCCACCAAGUGUAGUUGAUUUGGAAACAACCGCCGCACCCAGCACCCCUAGCCGCCGUCGUAGCCUAAGAGCUACAUCCUUGCAGCCAAAAUCAAAACUAGAGGAAACCGAGGAAGAAACUGACCAGGAAUUGGGAGCCACGCCCAGCAAAAGGGGCAAAUUACAAAGCAGUGAAACAGAAACAACCUCAAGAUCAGUACGAGGAUCCUCGGUGCCGGCCACUGGAAAAGUAUCCACACGUAGGCGUUCCAUUCUCCUGGAUGCCAUUAAUGAAGUGGAGCCCACUUCAACGGUAGUGGAUUCGCCCGCAAGUCACACACGCUUCAGGAGUCGCCUCAAUUCCAAUGAAAGUGAACACAACUCCUCAGUGGCAAUGGAAACGGAAGCCCCCUCAGCAACUGCAACCAAACGUAGCCGAAGAACUUCCCUAUCCGGCAAUAGUUCAGGGGAUUUACCUGUUACUCCCAAAAUAAACAGGCGUAACAGCGUUAGUUCCCAAUCUGAGGCAGCGGUGGUAACGCCACGCACUUUACGUGGACGCAGCAUCCUAUCAGUGCCAGAAGAGGAUAAUGAAAGUGUACCACCUUCUCCGAAACCCUCGGAAAGCAAUAGGAGAAUUGGGGCCAAACGAAAGCCCAGCACCGACGAAAAGCCAGCCGAGAAAGAAGAAUCGGAAGCGGCAGAAGAGAAGAAAACCAAUUCCCCCAAAAGUGGUGGUGAGUCAUCGGCCCUGUAUUCAUCAUCACGUCGCUUAACCCGCACCCAAUUGGCGAUGAUGGAAAAGACAGCAAAUCUAACACCAGGGAAUUCCGCCACAAAUAUGGAAAGUCCCCCAAAGGAAUCAUCGCCGAAGAACAAACGAUCCACUGCCGCCGCCAGCAAGGUUGCAAGACCUUCAUCGGCAGCCACAAAUGUGUCACAUGACAGCGAAGAUGAGGAGUCAGUUUCUUCGAAAAGGAGUGUCUCCUCCAAUGUCACAGCCACCACGAAGAGAAGGACCACAAGGAGAUCGGUAAAAGAAAAGGAGGAACAUGAGGACGAUGCUGCCAGCAUUGCCAGUUCCGUGGGUAGUGAGAAAAAUACCAGAUCACGACGCUCCAAGGAUAAGGGAUCACCUAGCUCGGUGCUGUCAUCUAUACCCGAGGAUGCUCCGGUUGAGACCAAAAAACGUGGUCGCCACUCAACAAAACAUUAGUGUAGUGUUUUUUAAUCAAUUUUUUUUUUCAAAUUUUGUUUUGUUUGCAUGAAGAGUUUUUUACACAUAAAUAUAUACACCACAAAUCCCCAAAUUUAUUAUUAUAUACGUACAUAUACACAUAAACUUUGAAAAUUGUUUUUAGCAAUUAUGAUUUAAUUAUUUGGAUUCAAGUGAAAUAAAAUACCCAAUAAAUAUAUUAAAA